AUGGUUGAGGAGUAUGGUGCUCUUCUCUCCAACAACACUUGGGACCUCGUUGAUCCACCUCACAAUGCUAACAUUGUUACUGGUAAGUGGAUCUACCGUCACAAGAUGAAGUCUGCUGGUUCUUUGGAUCGCUACAAAGCUCGUUGGCUUGACGUCAAGAAUGUGUUCCUCAAUGGCACUCUCAUCGAGACUGUUUAUGCUCGUCAGCCUUCUGGGUUCACUGAUCCUCGUUUCCCUGAUAAGGUUUGUCGUCUCAACAAAUCACUCUAUGGUUUGAAACAGGCGCCUCGAGCAUGGUUUCAGCAGUUUGCUUUGUUCAUUGCAUCGGUUGGUUUCAUUGGCUCCAAGUCCGACAGCUUGUUGUUCGUCUAUCGGCGUGGUGCUGACAUGGCCUAUCUCCUGCUCUAUGUGGAUGACAUUAUCCUGACUGCAUCUUCCUCGACAUUGUUGCACAGUUUGAUUGCCUCUCUUCGUACCGAAUUCAGUAUGACAGAUAUGGGUGAUCUUCAUUAUUUUCUGGGCAUCUCUGUCACUCGCAGCAAGGACAGUUUGUUCCUCUCACAGGAGAAGUAUGCAUUGGAUCUUCUUGACAGAGCUGCCAAGUCCAGUGAUCCAGUUGCAGAUCCCACCGAGUAUCGUAGUAUUGCAGGCGGUCUUCAGUACCUCACGUUCACUCGGCCGGACAUCUCUUAUGCUGUGCAGCAGAUUUGUCUUCAUAUGCAUGAUCCUCGGGCUAAUCAUUUGCUCCUUGUGAAGCGUGUGCUUCGCUAUAUCCGCGGCACCACCGGCCAUGGCCUCACUUUGUUUCGACGCAGCUCCAACAAAUUGUUGGCCUAUUCUGACGCUGAUUGGGCAGGUUGCCCUGACACUCGCCGGUCUACCUCAGGUUACUGCGUCUUUCUUGGCACUAACCUGGUGUCGUGGUCUGCUAAGCGGCAGGACACGGUCUCUCGCUCCAGCGCCGAGGCCGAAUACAGGGCAGUUGCAAAUGUCGUGGCUGAAACAUGUUGGUUACGGCAGCUUCUUCAGGAACUUCAUCGACCGGUGACUGGUGCCACUGUGGUGUUUUGUGACAAUGUGAGCUCUGUUUACAUGACAUAG